GAUGCUCAUGUUCCAGAACGCCGUGAUGUACAACAGCUCUGACCACCAUGUGUUCCACGUGGCUGUGGAGAUGCAGCGAGAGGUCUUGGAGCAGCUGCAGGUCUUGGCUGAAGCUGUCCUGUUGACCAGGGACAGGCUGGAGUGAGGCAGGAGGUAACCAGCCCUGCCUGAGGCCUCUCUCAAGUGGAGCAGCGUUGUCUCUCUGGAUCAGGCCAUCUCCUGAGCUCAGGGGAUGUGCUGCCAUGGCCUUGGGUAAACCCAAGGGUUUGGUUGAUGGGUGGAUUCAAAGCCGUUUUUGGGAGGAUACCAUGUUGGAAGCCUCCAUUUUUGGGAAAAGCAGCGAUGUAGCCCUGCAGGGAGAAGAGUUCCCUGGGAUGAAAAGCGAGGGAGAAGAUCCUGUGUGUGGCCAGGUGGAUGAAGCAGAGCGGUUGCUCAUUGGCUGGCGGGGAGCUCGGGGCUUGUGUCCCGCCCGUGGCGUGGCCCCUGCCCCGGAAGCGGAAGCGGCCCGGUGCGGCCAUGGCGCGGGACAAGCCGGAGGCGGCGGCCGAGUCGGAGGCGGCACCGGAGCUCUCGUACCGGGAGCAGCUCGACUUCCUGAACCCCAUCGCGCAGCCGCUCGCGUCCCGCAAGCUCACGCGGAAGCUCCUCAAGUGCAUCAGGAAAGCGACCAAGCAGAAGCAGGUCCGCCGUGGUGUGAAGGAGGUGCAGAAGUUUAUCAACAAGGGCGAGAAGGGGAUCACCGUGCUGGCCGGAGACACGCUGCCCAUCGAUGUCUACUGCCACAUCCCCAUCAUGUGCGAGGACAGGAGCCUCCCGUACGCCUACGUCCCUUCCAAAACGGACCUGGGAGCUGCCGCCGGCUCCAAGCGCCCGACCUGUGUCAUCAUGAUCAAGCCCCACGAGGAGUACCAGGAGGCCUACGACGAGUGCCUGGAGGAGGUGUCGGCCCUUCCCAUGCCGCUGUGAAGAGCCGGGCCGGGCUGUGCCCUGCGGGGCUGUGGCGGGUCCCUGUCCCUCUGCCGCACGGCUGUUUGUGGGGACUCUGCCGAGAGGACUGAUGGGGGGCAUGCUGAGCGCUGCGAGGUGAAUAAAGGUGUCUGUGGUUUUGUACAA